AUGGCGGUUCACAAGAAAGAAAAAGGUUUGUCUCAAAAUUCUGGAAAAAGUAGCCAUUCAAACAAUGAUAACAAAGUGAAACAAGGAUCUGGAAAGAAUUGCAAACCUAAUGACAAAGUAAAUGGACAUAACAUAGGUCAUACCAUAUUAGUUAUUGUCAUAGCCGCCUCAUUUGCCUUGAUUCAUAGUUAUCAUGUUUCAACAUUGUUUGAAAAUGACCGUCAUUUUAGUCAUUUAUCGACACUGGAAAGAGAAAUGACAUUCCGGAGUGAAAUGGGCAUGUAUUAUUCUUAUUACAAAACCAUUGUCGAAGCAUCAACUGUUUAUGAAGGAUUUUAUGAAAUUAUUCACAACAAUUUGACUGAGUUCCCCUCUGUAAUAAAUACUCUGGAAAGAUUCAACCUUUUUCCGGAGGUUUUUCUUGGGAUUUUAUACCGAGGAUUUGAUUGGAUGUGUGAUAAAUUUGGUAUUGUUGGUAAACAAUGUUGGCAAAUUGAACGUGGUCAAGGUUUGAGCCCUGUUAACAGUUGUGAAGGACUGCGUCAACCUGAAUACUUUUAUCUGGAAGCUGUUUGGUUCUGUGCAGGUCUCACUACUACUGUUCUCUUUUUGUAUGGAGUUUUAUUAAGUGGGUCUAUAUUUGGGGGUCUCAUUACUGUUUUGUGUUUUUUUUACAACCAUGGAGAGGCAACUCGUGUUCAGUGGACUCCACCGUUGCGAGAAAGCUUUGCCUAUCCCUUUUGUUUAUUACAAAUGCUCUGCGUGAGUGCAUGUUUAAAUAUGAAUCAAGAUAGUGAUGAUAAAACUGUCUCUACAAAGAAACAUAAAAUGCAAAUUGCUGCUGUUAUGAUAACAACAUCGAUUUGCUUGACUUUAUGGCAAUUCUCUCAGUUCUUACUAGUUACACAGGUUGUAGCUCUUCUAAUUCUUUUUACUUUUGGGUUUAUAAGCAAAUUCUCUGCUAUGGUCAUUCUGAUGGGAGAAAUGAUUGCAGUAGCAUUGACUUUACUUUUGAUGUUUGGAAAUGAAUUAUUGCUAUCUUCUUUACUUACCUGUCUCCUGAUGGCCUCCCUCGUAACGCUCAAGUUUCUUUAUCCUGUUUUAAUUUCUAAUCAUUAUCGAUUCGUAAGCGGAAUCAUGUCAAUGGGUUUUGUUGCUUCGUUAACAAUAGUUUUGAGAACUAGAACAUUGACCACAAAGCAUGAUGCUCAUAUAUUAAAUAUUCUGAGAUCAAAACUUUCAUCUUAUAAUGACUUUCAUACCUUAUUGUACACAUGUUCUGCUGAAUUUGAUUUUCUUGGUUGGGAUCCUAUAAUAAAAUUAACUAAAUCACUAAUUUUACCAGCAGUAGCAUUUAUUCUUCUCAUCUUGGUUAUACACUGUUUUUUCGGCAUCUUGAAAUUCCGAUCAAUUGAUCCUCAUGUCGCUUACAAUAUACUGCAGCUUGGUGCUUUCACUAUAAUGGCAAUAAUGAUUAUGCGCCUCAAACUUUUUUUCACUCCUCACUUAUGUAUUAUAGCAUCAUUACUAGCAUCGCGGAAGUAUUUCAAGAAAUUACAAAUGGAAUAUCACUAUUCCUUGUUGAUUGUUUUCAUUGGAUGUAUGAGUGUAUCUGGAGUCUCGAAUCUUCUGGAGCAGCAUUCUAUUCUUGGAGAAUAUAGUAAUAUCGAGUUAGAAGAGUUACUUGUAUGGAUUAUGAGGAAUACGAACAAAAAUGCUGUUUUUGCUGGACCUAUGCCGAUUACUGCAGCAAUUCUUUUGUCUACCAGGAGACCAAUCGUUAAUCAUCCUCAUUAUGAAGAUGCAAUGUUAAGAGAGCGCACUAAAAAAGUAUAUUCAGCGUUCAGUCGGAAGCCUCCUGAAGAUGUAUUUAAAACUUUAUCCUCUCUACAAGUGGAAUAUUUGGUACUAUCUGAAACAUGGUGCUUUAAUCAAAAUAGGAGUGGAUGUCGCAUGACUGAUUUGUGGGAUGUUGAAGAUCCAGAAAACCAGGGAAGGCCUCCUACUUGCCCAAAGCUAUUUGUAGGAGUAUUUCCGUUUCGUCUGGUUUUUAGUAAUGAUGUCUACUCGGUACUAAAACUACAACCACCUUAUGUUGAAUUGAAAGGAUUCAACAAAUAUUAA